AUGAACGAAAAACCCAGAAAAAAUAUCAUAAUUAUGACCGGUCCUAAAGGAGUCGGAAAAACUACUUUGCUUGACCGUCUAAAAACCCUUCUUAAAGAUAAAAAUAUCUAUUAUCCCGAACAUGAUAUGUCUUUUAUUUUAAACCGUGAACUUAAAUUACAAUACGAUACAUUAAAAGAAAAUCCAAACAACGAAGAAAUAACUCUAUUCGUAGAAUCUAAAGUUCUUGAUACGUUCAAAAACAUCUUUGAAAAAAUUAAUUUUGAUUUAUAUGAUUUUAUCAUUCUUGAUCGCACUCAUCUAGAUGAUUAUAUUUUCGCAAAUGUUGGACUUAAAAACAAAGAAUAUUUGAAAUACCUUGAAGAAAAAAGAAAUGAAAUUCACUUUAAUAUGAAUAGAAUUCUUGAUGUUUUUUACAUAAAUACAUCCGAAAGUGUCAUGGUAAAACGACUCUUAUCUAGAGGAAGAAAUUCCGAAGCAAACAUCACAAUAAAUUAUUUAAAGAAUCUUCAUAGAGCUUAUAAAAUCAUGAUCAAUGAUAUAUACCCAGUUCAUCACGAAUAUGCAAACGAGACCGAACUUAAAAAUUGGGAUAAAUUUAUUAUUGAUCGUUACAAUCUUUGA